AUGUCGUCUCGUGAUGCUACACCAAGUUUAUACCAUCGUACAGGAACACAAGGUUCAUUUUAUCAACAAUUAGUAUUACCACCUGCUCGAACAAAACGUGGACACUCAUUCAAUCGAGAUUAUCUGCAUACAAAAUUAUGGAAAUUUUUCCGUUUGGUUCGUUAUGCUGUUCGUGUUUGUUUAAUUGUGAGAAAAUAUGCAAUUGAUUCAUUACGUGAUGGUAGAGAACAAUUAUAUAAUAAUUCAGAAAUUCUUUUUGAUCUAAGCAAAUUUCGACGACCAGUCGAGGAAACAAUUGGAAGAAAUAUUCGAAAAAUUUUAAAAUCUGAUCCAGCAACAAGAUCAGAAGAAGAUAUUCGUAUGAUUGUUGUUGGUUUAGGUCAAACUGUUUCAUCGUUUACAGAAUUUCCUCUUCAACGACAAUAUGCAUUAGCACGUGUUGCUAUAUUAGAAGAAUUCGAAAGAGGUCGAGUAAUACUUCGUGAAGGACAUCGUGCUGAGAAGUUCUAUUUAAUUGUCGAUGGUAUCACUAAUGUAUUCAAACUACAAGAACAUCCGAUAACUCAUAAAUUCAGCUCAAGACUCGUUGCUGUGCUUAAGAAAGGAAGCUCUUUCGGCGAGGUUGCACUAAUCAAUGCACAUAGGAGAACGGCAACUGUUUGUUGUCAAACCGACGUGUCGAUGCUUGCAAUCGAGCGAGAAGAUUUUGUUAAAAUAUUUAUGGCUAAUGAUAGAGAAACUGAACCAGAUUUUAUCACAUUUUUACGACAAAUACCUGAAUUUCGUGGAUUUCCUAUCGAUAAAAUUCCACAUGAUAGUCCACAUAUUUGUCAAGUGGUUUAUUAUCGUGUGGGUACAUUAAUGAGCAAAGACUCAAAUGAAGAUGAAUGGAUUUAUGUUAUUCGUACAGGUUCUUGUCGAGUUAUUAAAGCAUUAACACAAGUGACACCAAAAUUAAUAACAAAAAAAAAACCUAAAAUUAUUUAUGAUAACUUUGGCACAAAACGUGCUUCACAAUAUAGUAUGGAAGCAUUAGGCACAUUUAAUACACCAAAAUCACCAAUUAAACCAGCUAAAUGUUAUACUGAAAUUGAACAAAUUCGUGAAAAAAAUGUUUUUGGUUUGGUAAGCGUCGUUUUUGGACAAUUAAAAAAUGCACUAAGUGUUACAUUAGUCUCUGAUGGAGUUGAAUGUAUUCGAAUACGAAAAAGUUUUUUUAUUAAAAUGACACCAGAAAGUUUAUUCGAUCGAUUACGACGAGAGGUUCGACCUUAUGUAACUGAUGAUGAAUUACAGAAAAAACUUCAACGUGAAGUCGAUUGGACAGCAUAUAAACAUUUACUCGUAAAAAGAAUUUUUGAUCGAAAUGCAAGAAAUCGUUUUGAUAAUACUUUCAUCAAUUUUAAUAAUCAUAAUAAUGCAUUUAAUCAAUCAACAUUAUCAUUAAGUGAUCCUGAUGUUGAUUGGAGUGUAUUUGAAAAUGCUGAUCGAUAUUUAUUACGUGAUGAUAGUGCAUGGAUAACUCGUUUAAGUAAAGAUUUUUGGUGGAAUCUCGAACGCAUAUCAGAAAUGACAAAAACUAAUGUUAAUUAUAGUCAACAAAUAAAUUCAACAAAAAAUAUUCCUCAACAAGUUUUAUCAUCAUCUAUACAAUCAAAUGGUAUUUCAACACGUAAAAUUGUUGGUCAACGUACAACAAUAGCACGACCAAAUAGAAAUAACAUUCCAAUGAAAACAAAUUCAUCACCAACAUAUGAUCAAGAUUUUGAUUAUAAUCCAUUUCAAUCAAAAAUAUCCUUUGAUAAUAAUAUAUGGACAAAUUAUUCACAACAAGCAAUCCCAUGGCAAUAA